AUGCUGCACACCGAGGGCCACGCUCUUCUUCGGGCCGUGGGUCAGGGUAAGCUACGCUUGGCCCGUUUGCUUCUGGAGGGGGGCGCCUACGUGAACGAAGGUGAUGCCCAGGGAGAGACUGCGCUAAUGGCGGCCUGUCGAGCCCGCUACGACGACCCCCAGAACAAGGCGCGCAUGGUACGCUACCUCCUGGAGCAAGGCGCAGACCCCAACAUCGCAGACCGCCUGGGGCGCACGGCGCUCAUGCACGCUUGCGCGGGAGGUGGGGGUGCCGCCGUGGCCUCGCUGCUCCUGGCCCACGGUGCAGACCCCUCUGUCCGGGAUCACGCGGGUGCCUCGGCGCUUGUCCACGCCCUGGACCGCGGGGACCGCGAGACUCUUGCCACGCUUCUAGAUGCCUGCAAAGCCAAGGGCACGGAGGUCAUAAUCAUCACCACCGACACCUCGCCGUCGGGCACCAAGAAGACCCGGCAGUAUCUCAAUUCUCCACCGUCCCCGGGGGUGGAGGAACCUGCCCCCGCUCCCCCUAGCCCGGGGGCCUGCACGUCGCCUUCGGAAAUCCAAUUGCAGACUUCAGCAGGAGGGCGGGGGUUGUUAUCCCCUCGUGCCCAAGAGGAGGAGGAGAAGCGGGACGUAUUUGAAUUCCCUCUUCCCAAACCCCCCGAUGACCCCACCCCAUCUGAGCCUCUCCCCAAACCACCUCGUCACCCCCCAAAACCACUCAAAAGGCUCAACUCGGAGCCCUGGGGCCUAGUGGCCCCUCCCCAACCAGUGCCGCCCGCCGAGGGGAGGCCGGGGAUCGAACGCCUGACCAUGGAGUUCAACGGCCUUACGCUGACCGGUCGACCCCGUCUUUCUCGACGUCACAGCACUGAAGGCCCGGAGGACCCGCCCCCAUGGGCGGAGAAAGUGACGGGCGGGGGUGCUCUCUCUCGCCGAAACACCGCGCCAGAGGCUCAGGAGUCUGGUCUAUCCUCAGGGCUGAGACAAAAACUGAUCCGCAUGGAGCCGGUGGAGCUCGACACCCCCGGACAUCUUUGUCCCGACUCUCCAGAGUCUAGCCGCUUGUCUCUGGAGCGCCGCCGUUACAGCGCCUCCCCGCUGACCCUCCCUCUAGCGGGCUCAGCUCCCUCCCCGCGCCAGUCCCAGGAAAGUUUGCCUGGAGCAGUAUCUCCGCUGAGCGGGCGGAGGCGGAGUCCUGGGCUGCUGGAGCGAAGGGGCUCCGGGACGUUGCUCCUGGACCACAUCGCUCAAACGAGGCCCGGCUUCCUGCCCCCACUCAACGUCAGCCCCCAUCCUCCCAUCCCCGACAUUCGCCCCCAACCCGGAGGUCGGGCGCCAUCGCUGCCUGCUCCUCCCCAAGCCGGGGCGCCAGGCUCUCCCAGGACCAAGCGCAAGUUGGUGAGGCGCCACUCCAUGCAGACUGAGCAGAUCCGCCUGCUAGGGGGCUUCCAGAGUCUAGGCGGGCCGGGAGAGCCAGGGCGCUGA